AUGCCGCAAAAGACGCAGCAAUUCGGGGCGGGGGUUUCGGCCCCGAGGAAAGUACCUAAACUGCGACGCGAUGACAACAAGCACACGCAAACGGCACACCUCCAUGACUUUGUAGACCAACUACAGAGCUAUGGAAGAGCCCAGAAGAAUGCGAAGCUAGCAACUGCACUUCCAAAUGUUCAGGAAGCCCUCGAAGUGGCCAUCGCUACAAUCAAAGCGUUCCAGGAGGGGGAAAAUGAGAUCAUAACAAACAUAGAUACCCACUGCAAACACCUCUCUACUACCAUCAACAACCUCCAAAAUGAUAUGACAAUCAUUACGAGUGGCGCGAACCAGACCAAUCUCUCCAGCAAUGCUUCCAGCAGCUCCGCGGGCGCAAGCACCAGGGCCCGAAAGCUGUUUCCAAACAAGCCAUUGAGGCCGCCAACUGUACACACCAUCUCCGACACCUCAAGCCAACCUUACCCGCCUACACAAGCCGAACUCGAGAUAACCAUCAAGAUGAACCAAUCAGACAAGGCAAAGGCAUUGAAAAAGGAGGGCCCGCAAGAGACGGUAAAAGCAAUAAACACAGCCAUACAAACAGCAUCCAACAGUAUUACAGCACUCAAAGGCAUCAAAGUCAAGGCAGCACGGAGCUUCAGAAGCUUUGACAUCCUGGCCCUUGCACGCAACAGAAAGGAAUAUGAGCUACUGAAGGAACACGGAGGUGUUUGGCCACGGGCUCUCGAUGAACAGGCACGACUCGCAGUGGAAACCUUCAAGGUGGUGAUUCACAAGGUGAAGGUAGAAACAGUGGGAAAGCGCUUCGACCCAUCGUCAGCACAGAAGGUACAUGACCUCCUCAAACGUCACAACCCAGCGGCUAUAGCACUCGGAGGCAUCGUCUGCUCGGUCGCGUGGCUUAAGACACCACGGACAACCCUCGGAUCGCUGGUGGUCAGCUUCGACAAAGCAAAGACCGCCAACUAUUUGAUCAAAUACGCCACAUUCCUGGACCACACCGGUCAUGUCACGGAAAGGCACGACCAGAGCUAUCGUAUGUUUGUGGACACUGCGCCCAAGAACACAAGACACAGGAUUGCGCCAACCACCAGGCAGAAGGCUUCGUGCCAAAAUGCGCUGUGUGCGAAGGCCACCAUCCUGCAUGGUCAAGCGAAUGCAGAAGCCCUGAUAGGCUCAGCGAACAGCAACGCGCUAAUGCCGCGCGUCAAGCAGGCAAAAUGCAACCCUUUCACUUCCCGAAGGCCCGGCAUCGGCGGAGAAGAUCCCGACAACACGGAAAAGAGGGAAGGCGAGGGAACAGCUGGAUCGUCCGUACCUGGCUUCACCUUCGGCAAACACUCAUUGACAAGGCUCAGCCUCACACCCGCCAUCAAUGAACAUCGCCACAACAAGGGCGGUGCAGUUUCGGCACCGCGAUAG